UCUGGACAGUUAAGGUUUUGGGAAACCUGACCUUAAGGUUCAGUGGUUCUCAUCUAUUUUAAAAUUGGGUACGGUACUGUUUGCAUAGCCGUACACUGUCAGAGUUUAGUUUUGGAUUAGUCUUAAUUUAUUCAUCGGUCAUUUAUCAUAGUCUUAUGAAAAAUAAAAAUUAAAAACACAUUAUGGGUCUAACUGAAAAUUAUUUUAAAAUUAUUUUACCCAUUUUUUAACGAAAAGGUAUCUAUCGGUAUUAAUGCCUUAAACAUUUUUUUUUUAUAAACUUAGUCGAUCUUAUCAAAGGGCUUAAUUACACGGCGGAUAGCUGUAACCUUUCGUGGUCUAUUUUUACCGCGUGUAGACCUACCAAACGGCCAGUUCUUAAUUAGCUAGCGUGAUAGAAAGGACGUGUUAUUUAAAGAGAUUCCUUUAUUCAUAAUAAAUAAAUGCUGAAUGAUGUCUCUGUUCGCAUUUAGUUAAAGUUUGAUAUUAGGCUGUGGUGUUGCUGUAUAAAAACAAAGGAAUUAGUUUAAUUGCCGGUACGGCAACACAGGUUGAAGUUCCGUUAGUCUCUGUCAGUGAUAUUACACGAAUGUGCAGGCUUAGAACUAAAGGCAAAGUAUUGGUCUUUAAAAAAAUAUUUAAUUGCGUCUUGUCAGUAACAGUUGGGUUGUAUUUUUAAAACUUUAAUUUCGCUAGCCAAAGGCUAUGCCUUUAUAUAAACAUUAAAUGAAAAUGCAAGUAUCAAAUUAACUAGACAUGAUUCUUUAUUUUAAAAAAAACAAUGCUCAAAUUUUGUUAUGCAAGGGCUAUUGAAAGAGGUGUAUUAUGAAAUAAUCAACCGUUGUCUGAAUAUGAUCUGAAAACAAUUUACAAAGAAGGCUUUAGGGUGGGCCUUAAAAGCUGGUAGGCCUAUUUAAAAUAUUGUUAUAACAUUUUUAAAAAAUGUUGUUUUGUUGAAGGCUGUGACUAAAAUAUUCUACGCACUACACAAUACACAAAGCAUGUGCCGUGGAAUGUAUGUUAAGUUGGCGACCCAGUUAAGUAGGACAGUUUCUUCGUGUCUUCUUACCUAGGGUCACAUAUCAACCAGGCCGUUUUGCUGCUUUGUUAGCCUGGCUUUGCAAACUGUUUUCCUCCAUGGACUAUUUUUAGACACUCCCAUUUUAAACCGAUGGUUAGGGAGCAUUAGAUCUAGACUGUUAUUGUUAUUUAUUUGUUAUGUCAUGUACUUACUUUUUUUGCUAAAUUAGAUAGAAAUGUUAGUUGUUAAAAUUGGAUGACUGGUUUGUAGUUUUGACAAUUUAAUAAUUGCAUUAAUAGAACAUUUAAAUCAUUGGAUAAACAAGCCAACAUUUUUGAGCGACGUUGUUUACUUCAAGCAUGGAGCAGAGAGAAAGCAAAAGGUUUGGUCGUUAUCGAGGUAUAAUGCAAAGCCUCAGAAGAAGGCUUAGUUUCAGAAAAAAGAAAGAUCAUGUUCCAGAAUGUUCCAAGCCUCACCAAUGGCAAGAGGAUGAAAAGAAAGUCCGUGAGGGAACAUGUAGUUUCCAAGUCAGAUAUUUAGGAUACAUUGAGGUGUUUGAUUCAAGAGGAAUGCAUAUAUGCGAGGAAGCUGUUAAAGCUUUAAAAUCGCAAUGCAAGGGCAAAUACCAAAGAGCUGUACUUUAUGUGUCAGGGGAUGCAUUAAGAGUUGUUGAUGAAAUCAGCAAGAGUAUGAUUGUUGAUCAAACAAUAGAAAAGGUAUCGUUUUGUGCUCCAGAUAGAAAUCAUGAGAAAGGCUUUGCAUACAUUUGUCGAGAUGGUACAACAAGGAGAUGGAUGUGCCAUGGUUUUCUGGCCGUCAAAGAAUCCAUGAAUGAUACUUGCAUGGGAGAAAGGUUAAGCCAUGCUGUUGGGUGUGCCUUUGCUAUUUGUUUGGAAAAGAAACAAAAACGUGACAAAGAGACAGGAGUUACAGUCACCUACAAUCAGUCACGAACCAGUUUUGAAAGAACUGGUUCCUUCAGACAAACUACUCUCACUGAAAGAAUAGUUGACCCUCAGAGUGCUAUUUUAGCUGAGCCUGUCCCUUUGCGUGCUGCAAGCAAUCCAUAUGCUGUACAAAGGCCCCAUGCUACACCUAAUUUACUAGAAAGACAAGGGUCUUUCAGAGGUUUUGAAAAGCUACAAGAAACAUCAUCCCCUUUUAAAAGAACGUUAUCUCUUCGACUGAAUGAGCUGCCGUCCACUUUACAAAGACAGAAUGCUAUAAUGGAAUCACCCACACAUAAUGGAAAUGGUGCUGUUGGGGGAGUAAUUCCUGAAGUGUCUCAAGAGCAAGAGGACUCUAUAGCACAGAUGUGCCAGCAGCUUACUCAAGGACUUUCUGCAUUAACCACAGAUGAUCCCUUCAGUGGUGCACCCACUCAGCAUGGUUCUCGUGGAAAUACACUAACACACCAGGCCUCUUUACCAACCCCUUUUCACAACCAUGCUCAGCUUACUCGACAACAUACAUCUCCAGCUUCACAAAGUGUUCAACCAGUGAACCAAUCGUUAACAAAUCCUUGGGGACAGGCUAGUACUUUGGCAUCUACAUCAUGGGGAACAGCAACCACUACAACUUACAAUCCUUUUGUUACAACAGCUCCUUCUCAUCCACAAACUGGUAUGCUUAAUGGAGCUCAGCAUACAUUUCCACAGCAACCACAUGGACAAUCACAUCAACAGCAACAAAUAUUUGCACAUGGUCGAAGUCAUUCCAUAGAUACAGGGGAAAUUUCUGGUCACCAAUGGCAGCAGUUGAGGAAGCAAGAUAACACACCGUAUCAGUCUCAAAAUGGAGCUGUUGCAUCCUCUACAUCUGCCAGUUCCUCCAACCCCUGGCCUACAUCUGCUCCUCCAGUGGCCUUCACUACUUCUCAAGGGCCUGGGAUGGAUCCUUUUGAUGUUGCAUGGGCUGCCAAAUCUUUGAACAAAUCUAACCCCAACUCGUUAGGAACAAAGUCUGUUAAACAAUUUGAGGUACAAUUGUAGUGAUCAGCAAUCAGGACCAGAUCAUAUAUACAAAAAACUUUUUUUCAAGCUAUAAGAUUUCUCUUUUAGAUUUUGUAAUAUUUUUUUUUACUUCUGUUUUUAAAAGCAAAAAGGAUAGAGUGCAAUAACUUCAAACUGUAAUGAUUACAUCAUUUUUAAACAUUGUUUUUAAAGUGAAAAAUUGCUAUUUUACUAAUGACAAAUGAACAAUGAAAAAUGUUUUUUUUAAUGUAGGUCUUUGCCAGUUUGAAGAUCACUAGAAUAUUGUAUGUUUUGUUUUUGCUUCCAUUUUUGCAACUGGAGCUGUAUAAACACAACAGUGAAAUUAAAAACAGAACAUACAAUAACUAUUCAGACAGACAUAUUUGUUUGGAAUAAAAAAUAUCUUAUGAAUAUAAUAUAUAUAAUGGUUUAAGAAGCAAAUAAGUACACUAUAAAGAUGAAUUUUUAAGUUUUAUAUUUAACUAAAACAUGCUUUGAACAGAUGUAAUAUAAACUACAGACCAUAUCAGUCAUGUCUUGGAUAGAUUUUAAAAACUUGCGUAUAUUAUUUGAUUUAAAAAUGAGAUGGUUAAAUCAUUAAGUCUAUAAGCUUUUUUGUACUUUCAUCAUAUUACUAUAUCAUGCCUUUUACUUUUAUUUAUGAACUAAUCUGAAAUCGAAUAUUAAAUUAGUUUGUGUGAUCUUAAAGUCAAAGGAAUAAAAAAAGUGCUCCUUAUGAGGCAGUUUCUAAGAUGUUUUGCUUACUUUUAAAAAUAUCAGUAGUAAAUUCUGCUCUAGCUUUAUGUAUUAGAUUAAGCAAUUGUUCAUAAACAAAAUUCAUGUUCGUAAAAAAUGUCUCGUUAAAAGUUUUUAUUGUAAUAAAAAUCUUAAAUUAAAAAAAAAUAAGCAUUGUGAAGAUACUGAUGUAAUGCUUGUUUCUGAUUCAGUGUGAAAUCACAUUUUUAUGUUUAUACUUUAUUUUAUUGAGAUUAACUAGCUUUGUGAUUUGUUUCUAAUAGAUAUUUUUAAGGAACUUGAAAUAAAUUUGGCUUAUUUAUAAUAUUUUGAGUAAAAAUUAGAUUACUGAUAUUAUUUUGUAAAUGUGGAUUGUAUUACUUUAAAAUUGUGCUGACAGGUACUUGAAGAAUUUGUUUUAUUUGCACUACUUGAAUGUCACCACAAAAGAUAUAUGUAUGUAGUUUUAGUACCUAUUUUAUUUACCACAUUUAUCUAUAAUUUUUCAGCUAUUAUUUCAGAGUAUAUUUUAAAUGCAUACCUCAGAUGUUACUAUUCAGAAACCAUUGUGAUGCUAUAUGUACAUUUGUAAAUUUGUUUGCCUGUAUUUGCCAAAUCAACUUUUUCUUAGUUUCAGUUUCCUGAAUAGCCAUCUCACUAGAAAGAUUUUAUAGAACUUGUAAGAUUAUAUGUUACCAAUACUGGAUUUCAUUAAAACCUAAGUUUCUAGACUUUGUUUGCAAAUUGUUUAACUUCAAUAAUUUGCUUAAAUAAGUUAUGUAAAUACCAAAAUCAUUAAUUUUUUUAAGCAUCAGUUUUAGAAAGUGGUAAAAAAAAAAGUAAUACAAGUUUAGAGUUUACAAAAUUGUUAUGUUGGCCUUAAUAUUUAAAGGAAUCCUGUGACUACAAUGUGAACAGAAUUUGCUUGUUUAAAAACUUGCCAUGCAUCUAGUUUUUAACUAUUCAAUGCUUCAGUUUGCUAGAUUAAAAAUUCUGGUAUUUUGUGUUCAAAUUGUUUGUAUUUUUGUUAAUAAAUAAUUGCAUUAUAAUACUUGUACAAACAUGAUGUACAUAAUUAUUGUAUUAUUCCUGCUUACACCCUCUCUGUAAUGGGGCUUGUCUUUGUUUUUAUUAUCACCCUGAACAUGUUCUUAAAUGAUAAAAUAUAUUGGUUGAUCAGA